AUGCAAGAAAUCACAGAAACCGCCUUCUUCGACAUCAUGAUUGCUGUGCUCGUUCUUGCGGACACAGCCUGUCUGAUCAUCCAGCAAGAGUGGCAGUCCGAGGACGGGACCCUGGAUGAUGCUCAGCUUUGGCUGCGUGGAACGUCAGCAGCCAUCAUCACAACCUUCGGAGUGGAAUUCCUCGCGCGCUGCAUUGCUCAGAUUGGUCGUGGCUAUUCCUGGAUGUUGGUGAUAGAUGGCAUCGUUGUGAUCGGAUCCUUCGUUGAGGUGUUCUGGACAGCGUUUGCGCCCAGUUCGUCCCCAGAUCUACUUUGGAUUCGUCCUCUUCGAGGAUUGCGGCUUCUCCGAGCCAUUCGCAACGCUGUGUCCAGCUGCCUUCGGCGGUCAUCGGCAGCCAGCAUAGCCCUCGCUGGCCUUGCCAGGUGUGCGAAGCCGAUGCUGCUUGCCCUGGUCUUGACAAGCAUCGUGUUUAUGCUUUCCUCAGUGAUCGUGACUCUUCAGGUUCCUGGCUUGUUGGACGAGAUUGAAACGGACGAGGUCAAGAUAAAAGUACUUGACAAGUUUGGGACGGUGUUCGACGCCACGGCCACACUCAUGGGAGCCAUCGCUGGAUCCAAUGACCUCGGCUACCUCUGCAUCGAGCUCUUUGCAGAGUCCGGACAUGAGAGGCUGCAGAUUGCCCUCUUCCUGGGUACGGUGCUCUUCUUUGUCCUCCUGAUGGGCCUUAGCCUUGCCGGUAUCAUCUGUGGAGUCUUGGCCACCCAGCUGAUCAUCAUCAAAGGCGACGCGGAAAUCGAUGGCGGCUCUGUGAGCUUUCGCAGGAACAAGCUCAUCGUUGGAAGUCUGGACAAGGCUUUCCGAGCUGCAGGCCACGGACCUGCUGACAACAUAGAUUGGAACGACAUCCGUAGCACCUUGGCUGUGCCGCUGGACGACACGGCGGUGGCUGACACCGAGAAGGUCAAGGAGGAGCUGAACGAGCUGCUGGUGGCGAAGCCCGGAGAAGGCGCUGCUGGCGGCCCCGAGCAUGACGAUGCAACCAAGGAGCUCAGCCUGGACGCAUGGCAGGAGCGUGUGGAGCAGAUGGGCGAGGAGGAGUUGGACGACAGCGAGAUUGAGGAGCUCUCGAAGUAUCGCUGUAGCCUUCAUGACAAGGGAGUCACCAUGGAGGUUCUCAAGUCUGCUUACCAUGAGAUGGCGCUCUUCGGUCCUGUCUGUGUAGAAGAUUUCAUCCUUAGCGUCUUCAAGCACGCUUCAAAUGUCAAGACGCUACCGAUCCUCGCAUUCAACCACCAGCAGAACAAGGUUUAUUCUCGGCUGCUUCUCAAUGGGCAGGUUGUUGACGACGGGCUGAGAGAAGUGCAGACUCGGAUUGGCGCGCUCCAGGCACUUUUGCCCGACAUGAUCCAAGAAGCAGAGGCCACUUCGAAAGACCUGUCUGAGCUGGUGGCGUUGGAGGAUCGCCUCGAGAAGAAGAAGGAGGCCUUGAGAGCCCUGAUCGCGGAAAAGGAGCAGGAGCAAGGCCCCACGCAGAUUCCGACGGAGGAGUUGGUCCAGGCGCAGCAUGAUGGAGUGGCGCUGGACGAGAUGCUGAAGGACUUGGAACAGCAGGUCGCUCAAAUGGAAGGUCAUGGUGCCUCAUGUGCCACUGCGGCCCCUGAGGCCUCUGAGGACGUGGCCGCAGUCGUGAACUCUUUGGCGGAUGAGAUGGUUGAGCAUGUCUGGCAGCUUCUGCUGCAGGAGCUCCAACAUGCAGAGCGAGGCGUCGCAGGAAAGACAAGCCAUCUCUGA